UACAGCGAGCAUGGCCCGAAGCUAGUCCGCUCCCGCUCCGUCAUCGGGUAGCCCCGUCGCGGGCAACCAACCACCCUUUCGAAGAAGAGAGGAGGGGGGGGGACGCAAGAGACGUAGAAGAACACAUGGACGGUUUAACCCCCCACCCCCCCCCCCCAUUCUUCUCGUUCUCGGCCUUGCCCCCCCCCUCUCGAUUCUCUCUCUCUCUCGUUCCGUCUCGUCGUCAGCUUUCGGAGUUCCGCGUAUACCAAAAAUACAAGAAAGGCAGGGAGGGAAACGGAAUGAAAGGUGCGGGGAGUGGACUCUUUUUGUUCUUCUCUUGUUCUUUUUUUUUUUUUGUGGCCCCGGAACGACUUUUGCUUCGCUCGUUCCGCCGGGCCCUCCCCGCAGGGCUGUCUGUUAGAGAAAAGGGGGGAAAGAAGCUUUUAUUGUCGGGUCGUCUCGUCGUCGCCUGCCAGUCCUGUCCCGUCGGCGCGUGGUGUUGGUCUAUUUCUCUCUCCUCUUGUUCUUACUCUUGUUUUUCCUCUUCCCUCUUGUUCAUCUGUAUAGUCUCUCCCCCUUUCUCGUUCGUCCUCCCCGUCCCAUCUCUCCUCCCCUCUCUGCUCACGACGGAAGGGGUUGGGGUGGGCGGCGGUAGGAGAAGGGGCGGUAGGGACUGGCGGAGUGCAGGAGAGACGAGACGAGACGAGACGGGCUCGCAGACGGCGGCCGUUUCUCGAGAGAAAGUGUGAGAGACGAUAACUGGCCGGCUUCCGCCGCCACCGGCAGGGUGGGCGUAUUAAUUCUGCGCGCACACGUGCGGCCAUCUGUGUACGAGUAACCUGACGUCAGUCUGUGACGUUUUUUUUCUUUGGCUUCUCAUUCCGCAUCACGACGGCUAGAUCAAUCCACGAUACCCAAUUCACCAUCGUCGUUUCUUAUUUAUUUGAAAAACAAACCUCGUCUUUUCUUCCUCCUCCUCCUCCUCCUCCUCCUCUCCUUUUCCCCCUUCUCCCCCCACCUCUCCCCUACUCUUCCUACCCAGGUCUUUAUUCAGGCGGACUCGUGCCCUCUACUCCAUCCCCGGGGACGGGGAGGAGAGGGCAAGGGGGGGUUGGG